CAUGUUUUUCUCUGUCACUUUCAGAAGUGAGAAGUCAUCGCCCUUUCGUUUCCUUUCCCUUCUUCCGAAGGGUGAAUAUGAAUUUGGCAUCUAUAUAUUGAUUGGGGGACUGGUGGGAUGUUGGAAGAUUUAGUCACUCUCUGUAUUUUGAUAUUGGUCUAGCUGCUUCUGAAAGUUGGAUUGGAUGCCCCUUUUUUGGCCAUUUCGCAUGGCCCCAACACCCAGUAAAAGGUUCUGGGAUGUGGUUUUUUGAUGGACUGCAAUAAAGAAGAGGCCUUAAGGGCCAAGAACAUUGCUGAAAAGAAGAUGGAAAACAGGGAUUUUGCAGGGGCUCGUAAAAUUGCUCUUAAGGCUCAGCAGCUGUACCCUGAUCUGGAAAAUAUUGCUCAAAUGCUUGUUGUCUGUGAUGUGCACUGCUGUGCUGAGAAUAAAUUGUAUGGUAAUGAAAUAGAUUGGUAUGAAAUUCUUCAGGUUGAACAGACAGCUGUUGAUGCACUAAUUAAGAAGCAAUAUAGAAAGUUUGCCCUCCUACUCCAUCCUGACAAAAACAAGUUUGCUGGUGCUGAAGCCGCAUUUAAGCUGAUUGGGGAAGCUCAAAGAGUACUUCUGGACAGAGAAAAACGUAUUGUUUUUGACAUGAAGCGUAGAGUUCCGAAGAACAAACCUGCUACAUCACAUUUUAAUACUACUGCAGGGAGGAAUGUUAGGUCUAAUUUUACAAGCUCAACUUCUCAGCAGCAGCAGCAGCAGCAAAAUGGUGCACGAGAUACAUUUUGGACAGUCUGCCCAUUUUGUUCUGUUAAGUAUCAAUAUUACAAAGAAAUUUUAAAGAAAUCUCUUCGCUGUCAACAAUGUAACAGGCCCUUUGUUGCAUAUGAAGUGGAAAAACAAGGUACACCAUCUCCUGCAACUAAUUCAACUCAGCAAGCUUCUGACCAGCAGAAAGGUGGUUUGAAUCAUGGUGCUUUCAAGGUAGGUGCUGAAUCUCAAAGCAAUUCACAUGCUAAGAAAUCCAAUAUAGGGUCAUCUCCGGCAUCUAAUUCAACCCAGCAAGCUUCUGACCAGCAGAAAGGUGGUUUGAAUCAUGGUGCUUUCAAGGUAGGUGCUGGAUCUCAAAGCAAUUCACAUGCUGAGAAGUCCAAUAUGGGGUCAUCUGAUAAAAAGUUACCUGCUAGUGUUUCUCGAAAACAUAAUGGAAAGAGAAAAAAGAAGCAGGUGGCAGAAUCCAGUGAAAGUUCUGUUCCUUUGAUCCACAGUGAUUCUGAAGAAGAUGGAGUUGCUGGAAAGGAUGGUUAUUCCAAAGUAGAAAACCAUUCAACUACUAGAGAAGGGCAUCUACGCAGAUCUACCCGGAAAAGGCAUCAGGUUUCCUACAAGGAGAAUUUGAACAGCACUGAUGAUGGUGAGAAAAGUAAAAUGAAUGACCCUAAUGAUUUACCUGCUGCGCACAAAGAAGUAAAUCAGAAAAAGCACCUGUAUUCAGGAAGAAAUGAGGAAACUAACACAUUUAAGGGAAAAGAUGUGGUGGGAGGGGCAAAGCAGUUGGAUGAAACCUCAGAGCAUUCUCCAAAUUCAACCUCUAAAGUAUCAAAUCAACCAAAUGUUUAUGCCUUCCUUGAUGCAGAGUUCAGUGAUUUUGACAAGGACAAGAGAAAAGAAUGUUUUGCUGCUGGGCAGAUUUGGGCUGUUUAUGACUCAGCAGAAGGUAUGCCUAGAUUCUAUGCUUUAAUCAGGAAAGUUCUAUCUCCUGGAUUCAAACUGCGGUUAACAUGGUUCGAAUCACAUCCAGACUGGAAGGAUGAAAUGAACUGGGUGAACGAGGAAUUGCCUGUUGCGUGUGGGAAAUAUAAACUUGGUGACACUGAUGUCACGGAAGAUCAUCUGAUGUUCUCUCAUCUGGUUUUGUGUGAAAAAAUUAGCCGCACUACUUUUAAAGUGUAUCCUAGAAAGGGAGAAACUUGGGCCCUUUUUAAAAAUUGGGAUAUUAAAUGGUACAUGGAUGCGAAAUCUCACCAGCUGUAUGAAUAUGAGUUUGUUGAAAUCUUGACAGAUUAUGUUGAAGAUGAGGGUGUAUAUGUUGUCUACUUGACUAAGUUGAAAGGUUUUGUAAGUAUCUUCCUUCAAAAUAUAAAGGAAUCUAAAAAAUCAUUUCAAAUUCCACCACGGGAGUUAUUUAAAUUCUCUCACAGGGUUCCAUCUUUCAAAAUGACUGGUGAGGAAAGGGCUGGUGUACCCUCAGGAUCUUAUGAACUUGAUCCUGGAGCUUUGCCAGCACAUUUUGAAGAGAAGGUUGGUGACGGCUCAUCUGGCUGUGAGAAUACAGGCACUUCAGAUAGAUCAGAAUCCCUGAUGUCUGAGGGAGGUAGGUCCACUCCCGAGGUUAAUGGCAGCAAUGAUUGGUGUGCUUCUCUGGUACUAGAAACAAUUGAAAUUCCAGAUACUCAUUUCUUUAAUUUUGACGCCGGGAGAUCCCUUGAGAAGUUUCAGAUUGGUCAAAUUUGGGCAUUUUACAGUGACGAGGAUGGAUUGCCAAAAUAUUACGGUCGCAUUAAUAAGAUUGUGACUAGUCCUGAUCUUGAAUUGCAUGUUUCCUGGCUUACUUGCUACUGGCUACCAGAGAACACCACUGAAUGGGAGGACAAAGAUAUGGGUGUGCUUAUUUCAUGCGGUCGAUAUAACUUUAAUAAAACAGAUGAAUUUUUCAGUAUUUUUAAUACAACCUCUUGUGUUUCACAUCAAGUGCAUGCUGAAUCUGUUGGAAAGAAUACAAAUACAAAAUAUGCGAUCUUUCCGAGGAAAGGUGAAGUUUGGGCGUUAUAUAGAAAAUGGACAAAUAAAAUGAAGUGUUCUGAGUUGAAAAAUUGGGAGUAUGACAUAGUGGAAGUUAUCGAAGAAACUGAUUUGUUCAUUAUUGUCUUAGUUCUGGAGUUUGUCAGUGGGUUUAAUUCCGUUUUCAGAGGCAAAUCAAAUGAAAGAUCAUCUGGCAAGCUGAGAAUACCAAGAAAAGAGUUGCUUAGGUUCUCCCACCAAAUCCCAGCUUUCAAACUGACAGAAGAGCAUGGCAAUCUCAGAGAUUUCUGGGAACUUGAUCCCGGUGCUCUACCAACACACUAUUUUGGCUUGAGAUGAAAGACCGUGGGUGAGUGAAUAUCCCUGUUUCAGCCUGGGAGCAAAAAUGGAGACUGUUUUCUUUUAUUUAGAUUAGAUAAACCUAGUGAAGUAGGGUAUGAUAUGAUGCACCGUUAAGAUAUGUAGUAACAUUUUGUUAUUGUUAGUGUGAAUGGUUAGUGGUAGGCUGGGAAUGACUAACAAGUGAGGUUUACCCAAGAACUCAAAGAACUCACUUCAUAUCGGUGCACUCACUUUACAUGUGAAAGUCAUGUCAUCUUUUUUUCAUCCCUAAGUUAGACGACUUUUUAGAUGCAGAAGACUGACACUGCCUAAUAUGCCAAGGUACUAUGGAGCAACUUUCAGCCAUAGGCAUUGCAAAUAUAACACUUCUCUCCCUGUCGUUCUGGGUUUUUCAAUAAAUAAUUUAGUAUAAAUAUUAAUUUGGAUCUAA